CUCUUUAUAUGAACAUGAUGAAUAGACAGAUUUUAAUUUCCUCCUCUCUCUCCGUAGACACAAGCAAGAAAUAAAAAACAAAAAAAACAGAAGAAAAAGGAACAAGUUUCCGAUCGACAAUGUCUGAUGAAUCCCAAAAACCUCUUCUUCCAGUUCAGUCAAACGACGGCAAGAAUCCCGCCGAAGAAGUAGAUGGCUCGAACAGCAAGAAAAAUGCCUCCAUGGCCGAUAUCGAGAAGCAAGCUGAAAACUCUGGUCAAGAAUCUGGGCAGCCUGAAACCUCUGGUAAUGGUACACCUUGGAUUCCCAUAGACUGCUCCUAUCUCACCGUCUGCAUCAUCAACAUCAUACUCUUGGCGCUUUUGCUCUGGGCCUACAUCCCCUUCCUCCUGUCGACCGAAUGCGUCUGGAUCACCGGCAAGAUCGCCAUUCUCCAAGGGAUCUCCAUCUUCAUAUUGUCAGCGCUAGUCGUUCUCUCCAUUUUCUUUUGCAUGAUUUAUUCCAGCACCCGGAGGCUGUUGCUGCUGGUGCUCCACGUGGUGGCCAUGGCUCUCCUUAUCUACUUGUGCUGUCUCGCCAUGUCGCUGAUCAGCAGGGGCAGCGGCGAGAAGCUGCCGGAGAAAGAGUACAUGGAGUACAGGUUCGAAGCGUAUCCCGACUGGGUGCAGGGCUGGGUGACGAACCACUGGAGCAACAUGAAGAGUUGUUUGAAGGAGAAUGGAGUUUGCCAGAGGCUGGAGGCUGAUGGAGUUACCUUCACUGAAGAGGAUUUCUAUAUUGAGCAGUUGUCUCCCAUUGAGUCUGGCUGCUGCAAGCCAUCAAAUGACUGUAAGUUCGGGUAUGUAAGCCCAACCGAGUGGGUUGCCACGGCAAACUCUUCGUAUGCAAAUUCAGAUUGCAAAAGGUGGAGCAACAACGAAGAAGUGAUGUGCUUCAACUGUCGCUCAUGUAAGGCUGGGACGCUCGACAACCUCAGGAUUGGCUGGGUAGAACUGCUUGUGUCUUUGAUUGAAAUUGUAACCGGAUCUGAUUCAACUUAAUAUGACAUAUAUAUAUAUAUAUGUUAAUUAUCCACGAAUGGAGUCACUACGUACCCAAGAACUAUAUAUGUAUAUAUCCUAAGUUGUCUCCCAAGGUCGACCUUGCAUGGUUGGCUUUGAUUGGAAUUGUAUCAGGGAUGUAUAUCUCGCUGUGGGAUAAGCUAUAUGUAGUUCUGUUUUCAUAAUAAUUUUGUAAGUUCAAUGCGUCAUGUCUUUUGGGAUUUUUAGAUUUGCAAGUUCAAUUGAGUUUAUAAUAUUCAGUUUCA